CUUAUCAAACAUCAAACAGAAGCCUGUUCACCGUACGGCAAUCAGCAGUGAGCUUGGGUGAUGAUCUCAUCGCACCGCAUUUGUUCAAGGUUGCAGGGCAGGGAUCAGACUAGCAGUUUAUCUUAACACGAAUGAUAUCAUGGCUAUUGCGGAUUGAUAUCAUUGACGGUUCUUCAGCGGAAAACUUCAUUACGUAUAGUAAAUUUGUUUUGACCAUAUCCAUUCGACGUUUAGUUGGAGUAGUACCGUAUACUUCAGUUAAGGGCGCCAUGAUCAGCCGUGCGGAGAAGCCGGUGGCUACCAAAUCAUCGAUUGUCGGAUCCGAGAAAAUACUGGAGAAGGAUUGCCAGGACAAAAUGCUGUCCCAGUACCGCGGCUGUCUGCUGGGUGCGCUGGUUGGGGACUGUUUGGGACGGGUGUUUGAGGGUGCUCGACCGCCGGUGCAGGUGUCGGAGAUCGAAGCAGAAAUCGCCGCACGAAAGGGAAGAAAAUUUCCACUGCCAUACACGGACGAUACGGCAAUGUGUCAUGCGCUGGCCGCAUCGCUGAUUCGGAGCGGAAGUUUCGACGCUCGCGAUAUGGCCAAAUCAUUCGCUGACAAGUACGACGCGGAACCGACCAAGAAGCACAUGUACGCUGCCGUGAAGAUCAUCUUCUCCGUCUGGCAGGAUACCAAUUUCACCGGCGAUAUUUUUGCUCCGGCUCGGAAGCAGUUUAACGGUCAGGGAUCGUUCGGGAACGGCGGAGGCAUGCGGAUCGCCAGUGUGCCGCUGUUCUGUGGAAAUCAACUGGAAAAGACUGUCGAGAUCGCCCGGCUGAGCACGCAGUUAACGCACAAUCACCCGCUCGGUUACAACGGAGCCAUUCUGCAAGCGUUGGCUGUUCACCUGGCCCUGCAUUCCGACACUCCUGAUGCGGAAUCUCUGCUGGAUGCCCUCAUCGACUUCGCACGAGACCGUUUAGAAAAGGAUGAGGAGAGAAAGCCUUACACGGAGCGCCUAACCAUAGCCAAAGCCUUGCUGAAGGACCCCCACGCUGCGCAGAACGAGGUGAUUAAGAAAAUGGAGCAUUCCGUCAAUAUGGAGGCGCUGGACGCCAUUCCCAUGGCCAUCUUCUGUGCCGCCCGCGCACUGCAACCGAUUCCCGGCAUUAAUACCGAUAAUCCUUUCGCACGUACUCUUCUCUACGCAAUCUCGAUGGGCGGUGACACAGAUACGAUCGCCACGAUGGCUGGGGCCAUUGCCGGGGCAUGGCUGGGCGUCCACAGCAUCCAGUGGGAGAGCUUCUGUGAAGCGCCGGAGGAAACUCUCAAGUUGGCUGAUCGCUUACAUGAAUGUGCUCAUAACAAAACGGGAUAAUGCGAUUCACGGAUUCCUCGACAGCGUGUCGAUUACACGGUGUCAUUCGUCAUGUUUCUCGAAAUUUUUUUGGUACAGCACUUCACAUGCCAUGAUGCCGCUAUCGACAACAUAUUAACGUUUCGUAACAAUGAAUGUUGUGGGAAUUCUGUAGUGCAGUGGACAACACGCAAAAGGUCCUUGUUGAUCUUUACUGAUGCUUUCUACAUCGUGGGCUGAAUUGUAACCCAUAAAGCUUUCGAAAUGCUG